GCAGGACCUUAAUUAUUCAUUAUUAGUGGGUUCUGUCUUUCUUUUUCAUGCCAAACCUUUGAAGCUGUUUCACAGAGAACUGACCAGUACUUUUCUAUUAGGAAUUAUUGGCUGUGGAUAUUUCCAUCAGUGUCGAGGAUUUACACCAGAGAUCUCUGACACUGUACAGCGUCUCGUACCCGCUUCCCGGAUUCUCUGGCAAUGGACCAAGGGGAAGAUGUUGCCCACUCCAUCAAAGUUUCACUACUUCUUCAACCUAAGAGAUCUGUCCAGGAUUUGGCAGGGCAUGCUGAAGAUCAGAGCAGAAGAGUGUGAGACAGUCGCCACCCUCCUGUCCUUGUUCAAGUGUGAAUGCACUCGAGUCAUCGCAGACCGGUUUGUGUGUGAGGAGGAUAAGCACUGGUUCGAGAAGUCUAUAGCCCAGGUCAUUCAGGAACACGUGGAUCCUGCUUUGGUGCCACACCUCCACCCCGACCCUUACUUUGUGGACUUCCUGAGAGAGGCUCCAGAGCCUACAGGAGAGGAGGCUGAUGACGCCUGUCUCGACGCUCCCAAAAUCUAUGAACUGGUGCCGGACUUCCAGUUCCUGUCGGAGAGACUGCGGUUCUAUCAGAGCCAGUAUAACGAGGCUGUUCGGGGCUCACAUCUGGACCUGGUCUUCUUUACUGAUGCCAUGACCCACCUCAUCAAGAUCUCCCGCAUCAUCAGGACCGAUGGAGGAAGCGCUCUGCUGGUGGGAGUGGGAGGAUCGGGCAAGCAAAGCCUUUCACGGCUCGCGUCGUACAUCGCCGGUUACAGGAUAUUCCAGAUUACACUCACUAGAACCUAUAACAUCAGCAACCUGAUGGAUGACCUGAAAGUGCUGUUCAGAACGGCCGGCGCUGAAGGAAAAGGCGUCACGUUCAUCUUCACGGACAACGAGAUAAAAGACGAGGCCUUCCUAGAGUACCUUAACAAUGUUUUGUCAUCUGGAGAGGUCUCGAACCUUUUUGCUCGUGAUGAACUGGACGAGAUAACACAGAAUCUCAUCCCCGUAAUGAAAAAGGAGACGCCCCGAGUGCCGCCCACCUUUGAUAAUCUGUAUGAAUACUUCAUCUCCCGGGCCAAAAAGAACCUCCAUGUGGUGCUGUGUUUUUCCCCGGUGGGGGAGAAGUUCCGCUCCCGCUCUCUGAAGUUCCCCGGACUGAUAUCCGGAUGCACCAUGGACUGGUUCACCCCGUGGCCGAGUGAAGCCCUGAUGGCCGUGUCCCAGUAUUUCCUCUCGGACUUCCACAUGGUCUGUUCGCCUGAGGUGAAGACUGCGGUGGUCCAGACUAUGGCCGUCUAUCACGACAGAGUCUCCUCCACCUGCGAGAGCUACUUUGAGAGAUUCAGACGAAGGGCCCACGUCACCCCGAAAUCCUACCUGUCCUUCAUCAAUGGAUACAAAACCCUCUAUACAGAGAAGCACACCCACAUCAACACUCUUGUUGAGCGCAUGAAUGUCGGUCUAGCCAAGCUAAUGGAAGCCAGCGAAUCCGUCGCGCAGCUGUCCAGAGACCUGGUGGUGAAGGAGCAGGAGCUGGCGUUGGCCUCGGCCCGAGCCGACAAGGUCCUCAAGGAGGUGACUGUGAGCGCCGAGGCCGCCUCUGUGGUCAAAAACGAGGUGCAGGUGGUGAAGGAUAAAGCGCUGAAGAUCGUGGAGGAAAUCGAGAAGGAAAAAGGUGUGGCAGAGCUGAAGCUGCAGGCGGCUGAACCUGCACUCAUGAAAGCUGAGGCGGCUUUAAACACCAUCAAACCGGCCGAUAUCGCAACAGUGAGGAAACUGUCCAAGCCACCACAUUUAAUCAUGAGAAUUAUGGACUGCUGUCUGCUUCUCUUCCGCAAGAAGCUGGACCCCGUCGUCAUGGAUCCAGAGAGGCACUGCCUUAAGCCCUCCUGGAGCGAAGCCAUGAAGCUGAUGAGCGGCGGCGGCUUCCUGACGUCACUGCAGCAGUUUCCUAAGGACACGAUAACCGAAGAGACGAUGGAGCUGCUGGAGCCGUACUUCCAGAUGGAGGAUUACACGCUGGAGAACGCCAGUAAAGUGUGCGGAAACGUGGCGGGUCUGCUGUCCUGGACACAGGCUAUGGCCACCUUCUUCAGCAUCAACAAGGAGGUGCUGCCACUGAAGGCUAAUCUCAGCGUUCAGGAGAACAGGCUAACGGCAGCUAAUAAGGAACUGGCUAACGCUCAGGCCCAGCUGGAUGAAAAGCAGGCAGAGCUGGACAUGGUGCUGGCCAAAUUCGAAGCAGCCAUGAAGGAGAAGCAGGAUCUGCUGAACGACGCCGAAUCGUGCAGAAAUAAAAUGCAGACGGCCUCCGCUCUGAUCGACGGGCUGAGCGGGGAGAAAGUGCGCUGGACCGAGCAGAGCAGAGAGUUCACCUCACAGAUCAGCAGGCUGGUUGGAGACGUCCUGCAGCUGACCGGCUUCCUGUCCUACUGUGGUCCGUUCAACCAACAGUUCCGUAACAUGCUGCUGAAGGAGAUCUGGGAGGACGAGCUCACGAAGAAGAACAUUCCCUUCACUGAAAACCUGAACCUGAUCUCCAUGCUGGUGGACCAGCCCACAAUCAGCGAGUGGAAUCUGCAGGGCCUUCCGGGUGAUGACCUGUCGGUGCAGAACGGCAUCAUUGUCACCAAAGCUACCCGCUUCCCCCUCCUCAUCGACCCCCAGACUCAGGGCAAGGCUUGGAUCAAGAAGAAGGAGAAAGCCAACGAGCUCCAGGUCACGUCUCUGAAUCACAAGUACUUCCGCACCCAUCUGGAGGACAGCCUGUCCCUGGGUCGCCCUCUGCUCAUCGAGGAUGUACCCGAGGAGCUGGACCCAGCGCUGGAUAACGUGCUGGAGAAGAACUUCAUCAAGUCUGGAUCCUCCUACAAGGUUAAAGUCGGAGACAAAGAGAUCGACGUGAUGGACGGCUUCCAACUCUACAUCGCCACCAAGCUGCCCAACCCGUCCUACACGCCCGAGGUCUGUGCCAAAACCUCCAUCAUCGACUUCACCGUGACCAUGAAGGGCCUGGAGAACCAGCUGCUGGGCAGAGUCAUCCUGACCGAGAAAUACGAACUGGAGGCUGAGAGGCUGAAUCUGAUGCAGGACGUCACGGCCAACAAGAGGAAGAUGAAAGAGCUGGAGGAUAAUUUGCUUUACAAGCUCAGCACCACAAAAGGCUCUCUGGUCGACGACGAGUCCAUGAUCGGGAUCUUGAGAGUCACUAAGGAAACAGCAGCGGAGGUGAGCGAGAAGCUCAACGUGGCCACCGAGACGGAGACGAAGAUCCUCGCCGCUCAGGAGGAGUACCGUCCCGCGGCGUCCCGCGGCAGCAUCCUCUACUUCCUCAUCACAGAGAUGAGCAUGGUCAACGUCAUGUACCAGACCUCGCUCGCCCAGUUCCUCAGGAUCUUCGACCUCUCCAUGUCGAGGUCAGAAAAAACCCCCCUGACCCAGAAGCGCAUCGCUAACAUCAUCGACUGUCUGACGUACGAGGUGUUCAGAUACACGGUCCGAGGCCUGUACGAGAAUCACAAGUUCAUCUUCACUCUGCUGCUGGCUCUCAAGAUCGAUCUGCAGAAGGGCAACAUCAAGCACAGCGAGUUCCAGAUUCUUAUUAAAGGUGGUGCCGCCCUGGAUCUCAAAGCUUGUCCUCGUAAACCCUUCCGCUGGAUUCUGGACAUGACAUGGCUGAACCUGGUUGAGCUGAGCAAACUGCCCCAGUUCACCAACAUCAUGAGCCAGGUGUCCCGGAAUGAAAAGGGCUGGAAGGCGUGGUUCGAUAUGGACGCACCAGAGGACGCAGUGAUUCCCGAUGGUUAUAAUGAUUCACUGGAGAUCUUCCACAAAUUACUGCUUAUCAGAUCCUGGAGUCCAGAUCGCACGCUGUCUCAGGCCAGGAGCUACGUAGGGCACGCAUUGGGCACGAGGUUCGCCCAGUCUGUUAUUCUCAAUCUGGAGGCAACGUGGGGGGAGAGCGACCCUCGUACCCCUCUGAUCUGCUUCCUCUCCAUGGGCUCGGAUCCAACCAACCAGAUAGAAGCUCUCUCCAAGAAACUCAGACUCGAAUGCAGAGCUAUAUCUAUGGGACAGGGACAGGAAGUGCAUGCGAGGAGGCUGGUGCAGAUGUCCAUCGCACAGGGAGGCUGGGUCCUGCUGCAGAACUGCCACCUGGGUCUGGAGUUCAUGGACGAGCUGCUGGACACCGUGAGCACAGUGGAGAACGUUCAUGAGAGCUUCAGGGUGUGGAUCACCACGGAGCCACACGACCGCUUCUCCAUCACGCUGCUGCAGUCCUCCAUCAAGUUCUCCAACGAUCCUCCUCAGGGAGUGAAAGCCGGACUGAAGCGAACGUUCGUCGGGAUCUCUCAGACUCAGCUGGACGUCAGCAACCUGCCCAUGUGGAAGCCGCUGCUGUACAGCGUCGCGUUCUUGCACACGGUGGUGCAGGAACGUCGCAAGUUCGGACCCCUGGGCUGGAAUAUUCCGUACGAGUUCAACUCGGCAGACUUCAGCUCCAGUGUGCAGUUCAUCCAGAACCAUUUGGAUGAGUGCAGUCCCAAAAAGGGCGUGUCGUGGGACACCGUGCGCUACAUGCUGGGAGAGGUGCAGUACGGAGGCAGAGUGACGGACGACUACGACAAACGACUUCUGAACUGUUUUGCACGAGUGUGGUUCGGCGACCGGCUGUUCGAGCCCUCGUUCUGCUUCUACACCGACUACAAUGUUCCCGUGUGUAAGACGGUGGAGGAAUACCUGGAGUAUAUUCACACUCUGCCCUACGUCGACACCCCUCAAGUGUUCGGUCUGCAUCCCAACGCUGAUAUCACGUAAGAGUCCAUCAGAGCUGCUCACACACACUCACACUCUCACCUGAACACAACACCUCACUCUCCACCCAGAAACCCCAAGAAAACUUUAAGGAAUUAUGUGCUUCAUCUUUGCAGCAACAGUUUAGGGAAGGCCCUUUUUUGUUCCAG